AUGGAGACUAUUGCAUUGAAUUGUGCAUGUUAUAAAUUAUUAAAUUAUAAUAUAUAAAUAUAUAUUAUAUGUGGUUAUGUGGUUAUGAUAUAUAGGUUUUGAUUUGCCUUAAAUAAGGUGAUAUUGUACUACUUGGUACUACUAUUCAACAUCGUUCUAGAAAAAGUGAUGCACAGCGUACGAAGAUAUACUUAAAUACUGGAUCAGGAUUAGGUGAAAUUACGCUAGACGUUUUAGGUUUUGUGGAUGACCUGAAUGUACUUGGAGAAGAUAAAGAGUCAGCAAUAUAA